CUGCCUUGGCUCUGUCACCUACUGCUCUUUAAAGACAAAGAAGGCCCUCCAUCAGCACUCAGUCUCUCAACGAGUCCAGCACAAGACGCUCGAAGAUGCCGGACACAAUCAUGUCCAAGGAGCCCAGUUCCAACCUGGAGAGUGCCAUGCAGAUGCUCAUAAAAACCUUCCACAAGUACUCAGGGAAGGAGGGCGAUAAGUACACUCUGAGCAGGGGAGAGCUGAAGGAGCUGCUACUAGAGGAGCUGGGGAGUUACCUAGGGAGCUCCAAAGAUAACGAAGCAGUGGAGAAGGUGAUGAACGACCUGGACGCUAACAACGACGGCGAGGUGGACUUCACAGAGUUCAUCAUCCUGAUGGGUGCCCUCACGGUUGCCUGUAACGACUUCUUCCUGGAGUACAAAACAGACGACAAGGCAGCAGCGGAGAAGAAAGAUUGAAACUGUGAGAGGACAGAAUAAAAACAGAAGAAGGUGGAGGAGAGAGCAGAGGAAAGGAGGAGUGGGGAAGGACUGUAAAACUGGUGGCUUUUUUUUUUUCCACUUUACGUCUUAAGCAAUUUCUAAACACUACAAACACAUAAGAGAGGAGAUGUCCAGCAGUCAGUUUGUGGGGUCACAGAACAUGAAGAAUUCAGUGGGAGUGCUGUUUUCCCCCUAAAAAUGUUAUUCAUACCACAACUAACGCAGGUCGAGUUUCACAGCUCUCAGCGCAGAGAAUGACUUAAUGUACACAUCGGGGUUUAUUUCACCAUGUUUCAGCUCAGGCUCAUCUGAGUUUUACAGUAGGGAAGGUUAUUAGAAGGAACCAGACUGGAGAUGUGUGUUUGAGCCUUUCUUGCACAAUGAAUUAUUUGUGAACAUAUAUAUAUAUAUAUAUAUAUAUAUAUAUAUAUAUAUAUAUAUAUAUAUAUGAAGUGUUAUAAAGUGUUACGUCAUUAUAUUAUUGUAUGCACGUAGUGUCGAAAGAUAGGUGAUCUUGCACCUAUUUUUUAUCCUUUAUGGAAAAACCCAUGCUUCAGAACAUUAAACAUUGCAUUUACUCAACGAGGA